AUGAUUAAUCCUAAUGAACAAAUUUAUUGGAAACAAUGGGAGAGAUUUAAUGUUGGAUUCUGGGCCUUGCAUAUAUGUUUAUUUUCAGCACUUGGAAAUAGAACAUUAAAAUUAAAAGAACUGCUAAAUGAAGCAUUGUGUUCAAAUUCAUUUAUGGAUGAAGAUAUAGAAAUUCCUGAUCAUAAUUCAGUUAAAAUAAGUUAUUUAAGGAACCAAUAUCCAUCCAAUGGCACUAUUUAUGACCAUAAUAAUUCUAUUUGUAAAAUUUCACAUUUUAACAAUUACACAGUUUAUUUAAAUGCUGAUGGUGCUGCUUAUAAUUUUGUAAAAUUUUAUGGAAAUGUGUACUCAUCUCGUGCUCAAUUUGCUGCAAGUAAGGUUUGCAACCCUUUAAAAACUUUCAUUAAUUUAUUUGCUAAAAAAGCCUUCUUUGCAGGUGGUGAUAAAAUCUGUAUUAAUUCAACAAACUUUUGGAAAUUGAGGGUUUUAGAUGGUGUGGGAGAAAUAAUUGCAAAUGAAAUUUCAAGUGAACGUGAUAAAAGAAAAUUUGAUGUUGAUGAUUUAU